UAAUUAGAAUACCACAUGUAUUUCCAAACGUGGCCACAGUGGAGAGAACUAUCUUGUGAGUUUUUAAUCUUUGUCAGAGUCACUCGCCGGCCUGCCGACGUGGCGGGGCGGGGCGGGGCGGGGCGGGUCGGGUCAGGAGCCGCUGGCAUCAAACGGAUCAUCAUGUCCCAGGCUGGCCCCAUUGACAUAGAAACAACUGCAAGUGAAACUCCUUCACCUCUUCAUGGUUCUCCCAGUGAGCCUGGCUCCUGUGAUGAUGUCCCAGAAGCCCCCCUGCCUCCCUCAGAUGCUGUCCAACCUCCCUUGAGCCCUGAAGUUUUGAACUUUCCUCAGUCCACAGAGGAGACAGAGAACACCAUUGAGAUUGACACUUCAAAAGCACCACCUGAUCAACUAAAGGCAGUUGCUGAGGAUCAGCUGGUUGAAUGUGACCAGCCAGUGAGCCUGGAGCAAGACACAGAAGCUGCAGAAGAAGAAAGGGAGAGGUCACCACAGGAGAAAGAGAGAGGUUGGGGAGGCUGGGGUUCAUGGGGGAAAUUUCUGAGCAACGCCACCUCCUCAGUCGGUCAAAGCCUGAAUUCUGUAAAGGUGAAGGCAGAAGAGGCUCUGCACCUCCACAGGACCUCAGUGGGAGAGGAGGCGCAGGAAUCGGUGGAGGCAGCAGGGGAGAAGAGGGAGGAAGGAGGUGAAAGCACGGAGGCUGAACCGUUUGACAGCAGGGAUUCUCCUGUGAGUGCUGCAGCUCCGAGCCGGGGGGUCUUCUCCACAAUCACACACGCUGUACAGAACACAGGAAAGUCGGUGAUCAGCGGCGGUCUGGAUGCCUUGGAGUUUAUUGGGAAAAAGACCAUGACUGUUCUUGCUGAGAGUGACCCUGGAUUCAAAAAGACUAAAACCUUGAUGCACAAGACUGCUUCACUGAGUCAGAUACUGAAGGAAGCCAAGGAGAAGGAACGUGCACGUCUCAGCACCCAGCCAGUCAGCAGGCCCACAGCUCACUACAGUAUUCUCUUUGAUGACUACCAGGGCCUGUCACACCUGGAGGCCCUGGAGAUCCUGUCCAUUGAGAGCGAGACGAAGGUCCAAGAGUUCCUCUCUUCUCUGGUGGAAGAGGAGCAGGAGGACAUGAAGAAGGAGCUGAUUUUAAUCAAGGAGAUCUUCAUCAGAGAGGAGACUGAGGAGGAAGAAGGUGAAGGAGGACAGUCGAAGGAUAACGGUGAUCUAAGUUACCAUUUACAGUGUUCUACACCCCUGUCAACUGACGGUGAGACGUUUGUGAGUGUUCUCACAGAGCUGCUGUUUGAGCUUCAUGUUGCUGCCACACCUGACAAACUCAACAAGGCUCGAAUGAGGGCUCAUGAAUGGGUGAGCAAAGUACAACCACCCGUUACCACGGAGACAGCUGACAAGGACCUGCCAGGAAGAGAGGUCUCAUCUGCAGAAAACAAAAAGGAGCAGGAGAAAGAUGGAGAAGAACAGGGGAAAGAGACUGACCACAGAUCAGUGGAGGCUGUCUACCUGUCUUCAGUUGGCAGCCUGGCAGAAGUGACGGCUCGUAGUAUUGAGCAGCUCCACAAGGUGGCAGAGCUCAUCCUCCAUGGCCAGGAAUUGGAGAAGCCAGCAAGAGAACAGGCGCACAUCCUCUCCAGGUUGACAAGUGCGAUGUGUAAGGAGGUGGACUAUUUAGCCAAGACGUUCUCUGACACACUGCUUCUUGUUGGGGCACAGAGAAAAGCAGAGGAGUUGAAUCCUCUGAUAGAUAAUGUGCUGCUGGAGGGUGCCAACAGCACAAACUACAUCCACAAUGCAUUUCAGCUGCUGCUGCCCAUUCUGCAGAUUUCCCACAUCCACAGCCAGCACAGCAGAGCCGCCACGCAAACAGCAGCACAGACGCAACACUAACACACGCUCGCUUGUCUUAAUGUAUUGUACAGUAAAUAGAGGACAGAUUAUUCAGGAUUAAGUGCUGCUACAGUUCAGAAGAUAUUGUUCUAUAAACACAGAAUAUAAUUGUAAAGAGUCUAAUUAAGAGGUACAUGCAAAACAGCCAGUGUUCAGGCACCGAUUCAUGUGUGGCUAUUUCAGGUUCAGGUUCUCCAAAUGUUGUGUUGUCCCUGUUUUGUGGUUACUGUAAUAUUUAUGUUUUGAGGAAACAAACCGUCAGAAGGUCAGCUGCAACUUACUCUGUCACACAAACCAAAAUAUGGCUUCACUGCAAACAAAAAGAUGAACCAAAAACAA